AUUUCUGCCCCGUUGGAGGGUGAUUUCAGCAGGAAGACGAAAAAAAAAACAGAGAAAAACGCCCGACAGAGCUGAGAUCAUCUGUCAACAGAGAAACACGAGACACAGACAAUAAAUAAGAUGUCUGUAAGUGACGAGCUGCCGGAUAUGGACAGCGCAGAGCUGAUGGGACUUCUGUUCCAGGAUGAUGACCCAGGGCCUUCAGACCUGCUCUUCACAGAUGGAAAUAACUUUAUUGAUGACCUGCUUUCUGAGCAGGAUAUGCUGAGUGCGAUGGACACAGAGGACUUCCUCAGCAGUCUGCUGUGUGAGGAUGAUGACGGUCUGGCUGCUCCAUGUGUGUCUCACUCUCCACUGGGCAGCGACAGCGGGAUUUCAGAUGAUACGACACCCCCACACUGUCCAAGCCCCCACAGUGAGACUGACACUGUCCCCAGCCCAAUCUCCACUGAGCCGUCCCCACUGCCCGAGUGUGUGACAGAGAGCUUUGAGGCACAGGUGGUUCAGAAUGACCACUGCUACUCACUACAACAGGAUGUGUUCACCCUGCAGACUGUCCGCACCGAGAACCCCGACACUGACGUCUUCAUUAAUCUCGAUGACAUGGAAGAAAACAUGGAUGACAGUCUUUCAGAUGAACUGCCCUGCUCACUCCUUAUCGAGGAUUCCACACAGAACAAACCAGAUCAGCCGUUCCAGUUUAAGGAGAUUGUGUUGACGGAUGAAGAGAAACGGCUUUUGGCAAAGGAGGGCGUGACCAUACCCACCCAUAUGCCUCUUACGAAGGCUGAGGAAAGAACUCUAAAGAGAGUGAGAAGGAAGAUCCGAAACAAGCAGUCAGCUCAGGAGAGCCGCAAGAAGAAGAAAGUGUACAUGGAUGGCCUGGAGAACAGGGUGGCGGUAUGCACAGCUCAUAACCAGGAGCUACAGAAGAAGGUCCAAAUGCUCCAAAAACAGAACAUAUCUCUAAUCGAACAGCUGAAGAAGCUGCAGGCGAUGGUGAAGAUGUCCACCAUGAAGACCACCACGACCAGCACCUGUGUGAUGGUAUUCUUGCUGUCAUUCUGUUUGAUCAUCUUUCCUUCCAUCAAUCCGUUUAGCAGCUCUGGUCAAAAGGAUCUGUAUGCUACUUCUACAGGAAGAAUGUCCCGGGCCCUCCGCUCCUACCCUCUAAUGUCUUCUAAUGAAGAACCUGUCAGCACCCCGAAAGAAGCAGUAGAAGAGGAGCCUCUCCUCGUAGCCACAGUGGAAAACAGCCCGAUGCUGCUCACUGGUGGCCAAAACCACACUCCUGAUUACCACAAGGUGGAACAGUCGGAAUCUGAAUCCGGUGUCAACAGCAACUCUUCCUCCGACUUUCCUGCCGCACCUCAGUCUGACCUCCAGCCAGCGGGGGCACUCUCAGAGGCACACAGGGACUCAUCAGCACCGCCAGUGGUUUAUGAUGGGCAGAGUAAAGCGAAGGAGAACUGGAUUGGACAGAAACCCACGUCUGUUAUUAUACAGCAGCAUCGCUCUGAUGAGAUGUAGAAAACACACAUGCCAACGUCGCCUCGCUUUGCCAAAAACUCACACAAAGCAAUCCAGACUGUUCUCAUACAGAGUUCCCCAAUGGUGGAACAAACUACCUUCCACUACCAGAUCAGG